AUGCACUCGCGUCGACCCGAAACCUUGAAGAUUGACAUCUCCAAGUAUAGGGGAGUCGAAGAGGACUCCCUCUUGAGAUGGUUCGUCGAAUUGGAUGACGCCAUAAGGGCGCGUCGCAUCGACGACGGGGAUAUGCAAGUUGCAUUUGCCCAGUCAAAUCUGGCAGGACGUGCCAAGACUUGGACACUGGGGCUCAAGUUGCACGACCCAUAUGCGUUUGGAUCGUUGGAAGUCUUCAAGUCGCGGCUCAGACAAACGUUUGAACCGCCUAGAGCUGAGUUCAGAGCUCGAACCGAACUCUUGAAGCUCAAGCAGGGUAAGCGUGAUGUGCACCCUUACGCGCAACAUAUACGACAUCUCACGAGUUGUAUAAGUUCCAAUCCGGUGGAUGAACACACGUUGGUUUCGGUGUUCAUGCAGGGUCUUGCGGAUGGUCCCGUCAAGACUCACCUGUUCCGGCUUGAACUAGAUUCACUAGAACAAGCCGUUUCCAUUGCGGAUCAGGAAGACUUCAGUCUGAGACAGGCUCGCGCCAGCUCGACAUCAUAUCGUCAACCGAGACGAUAUGACAACGGAGGUCCAGAGCCGAUGGAACUCUGUUAUGUAGAGAGCGAGAAGGCUCGCUCUACAGGCUACAAGAAGUUGCAGAGAUGCAACAGAUGUCAAAAGACAGGACACUACGCUUACGAGUGUAGUGCCCCUCGUCCAGUGUCUCGCGACACUGGGCGUAGUGACCGUCCACCCAUGAGAAAGGGGCAGGGACGAGGGUCCGCAGUUGGUGCAAAGACGCAACAACGGGAUGGACCGUCAAAAAACGGACAGGAUCAGUAG